AUGAUGCCCCUGUCGAAAGGAAUGUACUAUUUCGUCGACAACAUCGUUGAAGUGACUGCCGAUAUGAUGAAUGCUGCAUUUCAGUCGGUCGAUAUCCUUGAAUACUAUGGCUUGCCAGAUGGAGAGAACGAAUAUAUACCCAUCGAUCGGCGUGGUCAUGGUGCGAUCGCCUGGUGCUGCAGAACGUGCUAUGCUGGUAUCUUUAUGCUUCGGUUAUACGAUAGGGUUGGCUUGAUUGAGCAUCCCUCCCUGAAGCACUCAGUACUCUCGAGUCACGAACUAUUGCAACGAUUCGGUCAGUUUAGGCGAAUGGUCACCAUACAUAUUGGUCUCAGACGAACACUGCAUUCGAAAGUUUGCUUAACACGAGCUGCGGAAACUGAGGAUUUACUCUUCUGUGCAUCUGAAACUCUACGGUCUACGGAGGUCAAAAGCCUUACCAGGGACAAGACACAAUGCAUCUUAUUAACCAAGAGAUGCACAGUGAGCUCAGCCUAUGUUGCCGCCAUCUACGCCACUCAGUCACUUCAGUCAAAUCGUGAAACACAUGGGCAAACUUCCUAUACAACUACACCCACGAACUUUCCAAUUGUGCAGUGCGAUAGGCUACCCGACAGCAUAACAUUCAAUCGAUACCAAGGCGAAGGGACCAUGGAGCUCUAUCUCCGGACUCAACGUCCAGAGCCAUCAAAGCCAAAUAUGGGUAUCCGAGACUGCAGAGACCAUCAGCAUGUGCCGAAAGGUUCCUGGCUGCGGCCAGGGAAGAAAACUCAUUCUUUGAAGAGCUCAUUAUCUGGUUCUGGUUCCAGGGCAGAAGAGUACUAUGAAAUCGGGUUCAGCUUACGCGCGUCAGUCUGUACCCACUGUCAUGUUGCGGGUAUGAAUGUGCAAGGCAGUGUACGAUCUAGCGGGUGA